CCCGCACCUCCACCUGUCACGGAAUGUUCAUGGCUUAGUGAAAAACUACUUGGGUAUAAAACCAAAGGAUCUACCAUUAUCAAAUCGGAUCUUUAGUCUCGAUUCUCGGCAUCUCUUAUACCAGAUCCAAUAAUCCAAACUUGGACCAUCACACAAUCGUAGGGCUCACAUUGCUUCACCCCUUCGCAAUAUAUUCAUCACCACUGACCAGAUAGACCUGCAACACAACAACUUACACCUCGUAAGCUUCACCGUCCUCUCCUCAAACCCACAACCUUAAAAGGUUCUCUGAAACACCAUCAGAUUUCAUCUGUUUGAAGCAUCAGACAUGAGCAGCGUGUUGGAUUCUCCUCUCGAGGCUCUCGCUUUCGACUACGUUAGCUUCGGUUUGAUCACCGUUGUUAACAGUCUCUGGACAUGGCUCGCCGUCGUCACCGCCGCCGUUAGCUUCUGGAGGCUCAGACCUAGAGCCGUCGAGGGCUUGAAGUUUCACUCACCGUCCUCUGACGAUGUCGUCAGGACCUCAAAUGGGUGUUCUUCAUUUUCUGAAAUACCGCCACCAGCCACGGCGGAGCGGGAGGAGUCGCCGAGCCCGGUUUCAGCUCCAUCUCGAGCUCCUGUACCCGUGCCUUCAUCGUCAGGUAUAUUUGAAGAUGAUGGAGGGUUGAAGAAAGGCGUCAAGUUUACAUUGUAUUUUGAUGACGAGGAUACAAACGGAGACGUCUACGGUGAAGGUGACUUGACGGCGGAGGAGACGGAAGAGAGUGGCAGUGAGAAUUGGUGGGAGACUGGUCUGAAAAUGAGGACGGAGGAGAAGAGCUGGUAUAGGUACCAGGAUUUGACGGUGUUUAACGGCAACGUCGUUAGAUUAUGGGAUAAUACUCAUGGUUGCAGAGUUAAACGCUGGGAUUAGUGGUGUAUUAAUAGGCUUAAGCUUAUUAGAUUUGCUGUAAUAAGGGCUUGGGGAUUUAAGGUUCGAAGAAGGUCGAAUUGUAUAUACAUUUUUAUUGGGUUCAAUAUCCUUCACUGAACCAAUGCAAUGUUAGCUAAUCACUGUUACG